CUGCUGCUGGGGGUCGGCGAUGAGAUGAUGAAGUAAUGAAGCAUCAAGAGCCAGUUGUUCCAGAGCAAUCCGUCUCUGCCCUGCGCUGAUAUGAUUGAUCUAGUUAAGGUUUCUUGUUUUCUUUACCAAGACAUUGGCAAGUGCUGUUUUAAGUACAUCAGCUAAAAAGUUGGCACAGAAGCAGUGGCAUUAUUUUACUCCAAUAAAAUCACGGUCCUUCCCAGGACAGUGGGUUUCCAGAGAUAAUAUCUCUGAAUUAGGCAUGAUGUCAGUCCAGAACCUUGAAGAGGACAUUGAUCUUUACAUGCCUCCUGCAGCAGUCCGUGGCAUAACUCAGCUAAACAGGGACUUGUUUCGGAAAACUGUUGCACUUCCAGCUCUUAAGGUGAGAAAGGACUUAAUCAACAAAGUCAUGAAACCAUUGAAAAAUGUAGCAAUAAAAAGACCUGGACUGAAGCGUGUAGUUGAAGAUUCUGAAGAUGAAAUGUAUAGACUCAUUCUGUUGGACUCGAACAAAAUAUCAUGCUCAGAAUCCUUUGGAGCUUCCGAGAGAGCUGUUUUAAAAGAACACGAUGUUGAUCUUAAGAUUCACAUGUACAAUUUAGAAUUGACAUAUGAACAUUUCAAACCUGAGGAGAUUCUGAAGGCAGUUCUGCCUGAAGGACAGGACGUAACCACUGGAUUUAGCAGAGUCGGCCACAUUGCUCACAUGAAUCUUCGAGAUCAUCAGCUUCCAUACAAGUAUUUGAUUGGUCAAGUCAUAAUGGAUAAGAAUCCGGGAAUAACUUCAGUGGUUAAUAAAAUUAAUAUUAUUGACAACACUUACCGUAAUUUUCAGAUGGAAAUACUAGCUGGGGAAGACAAUAUGAUAGCAAAGGUCAAAGAGAACAACAUAGCAUAUGAAUUUGAUUUUUCCAAAGUCUAUUGGAAUCCACGGCUCAGCACAGAACAUGGUCGAAUAGUUGAUCUUCUGAAAGCUGGAGAUCUAGUGUAUGAUGUAUUUGCUGGUGUUGGACCUUUUGCUAUUCCAGCAGCAAAGAAAAACUGCAAAGUCAUGGCAAAUGAUCUUAACCCAGAGUCUUAUAAGUGGCUGGUCCAUAACUGCAAGAUGAACAAAGUAGAUAAACAAGUACAGACAUUCAAUCUGGAUGGCAGGGACUUUAUUAUGGGCCCAGUUAAAGAUGAUUUAGCAAAACAAACUGAAGCAUUUUCUUUAAAGGAGAACAGAACCUCCAUUCACAUAAUCAUGAAUCUGCCUGGCUUGGCUAUUGAGUUCCUGGAUGCCUUCAGUCAACUGUUGCAGGAGCAGGACUCUGUUGAUAUUUUACCUACAGUCCAUUGCUACAGUUUUUCCAAGAGUGAUGAACCCGCCAAAGAUAUUCAGAGAAGAGCAGAACAUUUCCUAAGGACCACUUUAGAAGGACGCUGCUCUAUCCAUUUGGUUCGUAAUGUGGCCCCAAACAAGGAAAUGAUGUGUAUAAGUUUUAAGAUCCCUACUAAGGUGCUGUGCCGAAAUCUCUUGGCAGAAGACAAUACUGAAGAACCAGCUUCAAAACGCCUCAGGUCUGAUGAGACUACUGCCUGUACUGGACCACGGUGACUUGUGAUAAAUGAGCAACUUCAUUUUUAGCAGUUAAGAAACUGAAUACAGUGCAACUUAAUUGGCAGUCAGUUAGAGGAAUCUCAAUGUUUGCAUCAUUUCCUGGUCUCCUUUCUCCUGGUCAUGAUUUGCUUCUAUAAACAGCCAAUGAUUUGUUAUAAUGGGGAUUGAAGUCCUCUCAAGGGCUCACUUUACUUGCGAGCCAGGAUCGUUUUUCCACUGUAGAUAUUGAAUUCUAUCAUAUUAAUAAGUAACCAAUGGAAAAUCUUGACUCCUACACCACCAUUAGAACUGCAAAUAAAACUUAAAAAAAUGCAUUCAGCAUGCAUCAAUCAUUUUGGUUUUUGGAACACUUUCAGAAUGCUUAAAUAUCCUGAGAUAUAUUCUUUUGAGCAGAGCAAAUUUCAGUAGGUUUAAGAAUAGAUGGCUUCAGCCCAAAUGCAGUAAAAUAAAUUACAUUUAUCAUGAUCUAUUUUCUGCAGCUAUAGUAUUUAAAGAUUAGGAUUUCAAUUUACAGUAGUGGUGAAGCAAUUUGCAUUCCACUGAAAGAAUGCUCAAAUGUUUUUAAUUUUAAAUCAUGAAGGAAAAUAUCCCGAGAUUGUUAACAAUGGAGCAAAAGUCUUUCAGCUUAUUCUAUACAUUUGACAUAAAUGAGUUUUACUGCUGGAGGGAUGUUGUAGCUAAGUUUCCCUCUGCCUUAAUAAAAUAAGGACAUUAUUUCUAAGGUCCAAGACAAUGAAAGUAUGCCAAAUGGUUAUUUAUCAUGGAAAAUUAUUGGUUAAAAAUGAGUACCACACUAUUAAACAACAUAACAAUAAAUCUGUUUUGCUGACGACAAGACCAAAAAUCC